AUGGACAACGAAAACGCACAUGGCGGCAUUCGAGCCGCCGAAGGAUUCCACAGAUACGAUGGCGAGAAAGGCAUGGAUUGCCACGAGCCGUCGAACUUCCCCACCAAAGAUGGAUCUCCAUCCUUAGGCUCUUUUGCGGAGAUCGAGGAACAAAGAAUCAUUCGGGGGAAUGAAAAAUUUCACCGUCUGGGUUGGAAGCGUCUCACUGUAGUGCUUUUUGUCGAAGCCAUUGCUCUUGGAUGUCUCAGCUUUCCCAAGUCCUUCGCAACCCUCGGCAUGGUUGGAGGAGUCGUCGCUUCCAUUGGCAUUGGAAUUGUCGCAACUUAUGCUAGCUACGAGGUUGGCGCCGUGAAAGUGAAAUACCCCCAUGUUGAGCACUACGGUGACAUUGGGAGGCUCAUGCUGGGCGAGUGGGGCUUUUGGAUCAUCACGGUGGUCCUCAUCUUCUCCGUUACGUUGACAGUGGGAUCUCACACUCUCACCGGUAUCAUUGCUUUGAAAAAUAUCACCCAAAGCGAUAUUUGUGCCGUUAUAUUCGGACUGGUUUCGACAAUCAUUCUCCUCUUGUUCGCCAUCCCACCGAGCUUUGCAGACAUAGCCAUUUUGGGCUACGUUGAUAUUGUUUCUAUUCUCACGGCUGUUGGAAUCACAAUCAUUGCAACCGGCAUUCAUAGUUCUCAGGCUCAGGCGGGCACCGAUCUACCACGGUCAGAUUGGUCUGCCUGGCCCAAAGAAGAUACCGAUUUUGCUUCAGCAAUGGUGGCAAUCAACAACAUUGUCUUCGCAUACACAUUUGCUCCUGCACUGCCAUCAUUUCUGAGCGAGAUGCAUACCCCAAAAGACUAUGUCAAAUCCGUGUAUUCAUUGGGGGCUAUAGAAAUCACCCUUUACACUCUUAUCGGAUCACUUGUCUAUGUUUUCGUUGGACAAGACGUGCAAUCUCCAGCCCUAUUAUCGGCCGGGCCUCUCGUGUCGAGAAUCGCUUUCGGUGUCGCUCUUCCGGUUAUUUUCAUUUCGGGCUCUAUCAAUACCAGUGUGAUCGCACGCUACAUUCAUGGAUAUGUAUACCGCUACUCCGUUGUGCGAUACGUGAACACAAAAAUGGGUUGGAUCACUUGGAUCGCGCUCGUGUCGGUCGUGUCAUUUUUGGCAUGGAUUAUUGCCGAGGUCAUUCCAGUGUUCUCGAGUAUUCUGUCUAUCAGCGGUGCAUUGUUUAGCUCAGGCCUUUGUUUCUACGUUCCCGCGAUCAUAUGGUUUGUUCUAAUCCGAGAGGGCAAGUGGUAUCAUAAUCUUCCCAGGGCCCUCUGCAAUGGCUUUGUGUUUUUGUUUGGUCUGGGGGUUCUGGGAUGCGGUAUGUAUGCCAACGUGAUCAUUCUGAUGGAAGAGUCUCGUGAGGGCAUUACCGGGAAACCUUUCUCUUGCUCUUCGUCCGAAUGA